UGUAGUCCGCACGGCGCGAUUAACUUGAAGUAUGCUUCGAGUACGGAACCGUGAAGUGUCAUAACAGCGUAGCGUGUACUUCUAUUCGGUUGUUUGGAAACACAACGCAAGAUAAUUGACUUAAGUCUAGAGGACACACUACAAGGCUCCAGUGGUCCGUGUUUCCACCGUGUUGAAGAUGUGCUCUCUGGCGUUGUUCCCCGCUCCGCUGCCCUCCGGACAGACCACUCUGUGCGAGUCCAACAACGAGCUGCUGUCAGGAACCGCCACAGACCACCGACUGAAACAGGAGUCUAGUCCUCUGGGUUUGUAUUUCCCACGAGAGUCUCUGAAGCUCCACUGUCGCACAGAAAGCAGCAGCAAGGCGGCCUUCCUGGACCACUCUGAGACACUGUGGAUGAGGAGUGCAGCAGCCUGGCGGGACGGUGGUUUCACAGGACUACUCGAUGAAAUUACCAACUCAAAUACAGAAGUGCCUAAAUGUCUGUCAGUGAGUUCUGGUUUUACACUGGCGUUGCUGCGAUGGUUCUCUUCCUUUCACGGCUCCCUGUUCCCUCAUCUCACAUUGAGCAGUGACGACAUGCACGCUGAGUUUUCACAAGUGCUGAACUGGUCUGACUGUGUGGUGCGAGCCUUUGCCUGGCAUCCCCAUGCAGAUAAGUUUGCUGUAGCCCUGCUGGACGAUUCCAUUAAGAUCUACAACCCCAAAAGUGCCACCACCCCCACUCUGAAGCACCGUCUCCAGAGGAGUGUUGCAGCAGUGCAGUGGAAGCCGCUGUGUGCGUCCGCCCUCGCUGUCGCUUGUCAGAACUGUUUGCUGGUCUGGCACGUGGACCCCUGCUCGCUGUCGACCAGGCCUUCGUCCGGUUGUGCUCAGGUUCUGUCUCAUCCUGGUCACUCUCCUGUCACCUCCAUCGCCUGGUCUCCAAGCGGGUCUCUCCUCGUGUCGGCCUCGCCCAUGGACACCGCCAUGAUGGUUUGGGACGUUGCUUCAGAAAGCGGUGUGCCACUGCAGCGUGUUGGAGGAGGCGGGGUCACCUUCCUGUCCUGGUCCCCUGAUGGCAGCCAUGUCCUGGCCUCUACACCGUCGGCCCUGUUCAGGGUUUGGGAGACCAGGAUGUGGACCUGUGAGCGUUGGCCGUGUGUGAAAGGGCGCUGCCAGUCCGGCUGUUGGAGUCCAGAUGGGAGUCGACUCCUCUUCGUCGUACAGGGAGAGACGGUCAUCUACGCUCUGACCUUCAGUGAUGCAACAGCAGGCGUACCUACAUGCACAUCUAAGGGGCCUCAGGCAGCAGCAGUGGUGGCUGACCUAUCAGAGACCACCUUUAACACUCCAGACGGAGACAUCAUUGUUGGUGGAGAGAUCCAGUCUUUAUCCUGGGACCCAACAGGAGAGAGGCUGGCAGUGCUUCUCAAGGGUGAUCCACAGGCAGCAGACCGGCCUGCAAUCAUAGCCGUGUUCAAGACGAGAACCAACCCCAUUUUUGAGCUUUUACCUUGUGGUUUUGUUCAAGGGGAGCCUGGCGCAGAGCCGAGACUGAUGCAGUUCCACCCAAACUUCCAGCACGGAGCUCUGCUCACUGUGUGUUGGUCCAAUGGAAGAAUUACCCACGUGCCUUUCUACUUCCUGAGUGCCGGCGUCCCACAUUUCGGCUUCAGCGGCAGUCCGUCACUGCCGCGCCCUCAAGAGCGGCCUGCAGACUUUGCCAAUCAGUCGCUCUUCACAGAGCUCCUCUCGUGACCGACCCUCACCCACCAGCACGCGCCCACAAGUCAUUUCUGUUAUUAUGAAUUAUCAAUAAAUGUGUAAAGUUACUGCUAAACUGAGACUUGUUUGCCUAUAUUGUUUAUAUCACUUGAACCAAAUAGACACCGUUGUGAGAAAGCUGAAACAUUUAACCUUUAAGUUAAAAGACUACUCCGAUGAUUUACGCAUUACAUUUUUAUAACAUCGUCUCAAUGGACAGCUUGUUAAUUGAUGCAGCAGAGACGUCUGCAUCGUCCAAAUCUUUUCUUUGUACUAGUUGUUAGUGGGUUUUUAUUGUAGUGUGUUCACACUGGAAACGUGACCAAAGAUAGUAUUCACAAAGGAGAUAGAAUAAAUACGAAAUCUGCUCAAUUCUCCCACAAUGCAAUGCACAUAAGAAAUGUAGGAGCUAAUAUAUUGUGGGUGGUCUUGAACCGGCUACAAAAUAUCUUGGAAUAUCUUUUUAAAAAGUCACACAUUGACAACCAGUGUGACUGUGACUAAAUACUGAUGAAACAGUAUUUUUGUUGUUUUAGAAUUAUGUUGUAUGGAUUUGUUACAGCUUACUUUUUUUAUUCCAUGCAUUCAACUACAUUACCAACAAUGCAACUCAACCGCCAACAGCUCGGUCUAGCAGCUAAUGUCGCCUCGAGCUGAAAUGAGGAGCAGCUACAGAGUUCUGGUUCGAUCA